GCCGCAAGUGUACUUACGGCCACACCCAACAGAAGCACCACCGCCAGCGACUACGCUCUCCUCCCAAAAAAGAGAAAGAGAAGCAAUAAUUCUACGAAUCAGAAUACCAUACCGCUGCAGAUGCCGCCGUCGCACGUCAGGAAGGAGGAGGCAGAGCUGCGGCAAAUUGCGAAGCAGUCCCGCAAUGCCCGCAAGGAGGCGCAGGAGCGAGAGCGCAAGCAGCGUCAACGCGCCGCGCGCAUUGCUUCCAAGAAUGGUGAAGGUGAUGCCGCCGCUUCAAACGCAGAACCCAAAAAGAAGCAGCGCGGUGCGAUCAUCAUGCCGGAUGAGGUAAACGAACUCCGUCAGCGCCUUAUGAGCGGCGACGCGGGUGACGCGCACCCUAGAAGCAAUGCAGCUGGCGGUGGGAAGAAGAAGCCGAGCGCGAAGGCCGCUGCCGCUGCUGACAGCGAGAAGAAUGUCGACAGCAACGGUGAUGCGUCCGCCGCUGCUGCCGCUGUGGCGUCCUCCACCUCGACAUCGUCCUCCUUCCUAGUCCCCACCUUCCACCAGGAGGUGCACUUCAAGAAGAAGGUGUUCUUCGUGGACGUCGUGCUGCACCACGUGCCACACCAGAUGAUCGACGUGAGCGAGACAAACAAUCGCCAGCUCGUCGUCGACACGACCGCCUUCACGAAGAAGUACCGCUUGGUGCUGCCCUUCCCCGAUGGCAUGCAGUGCGAUGCCGCGGCUGGGGCCUACGACUUCAAGCAGGGGGUGCUGUCUUGCAAACUGCCGAUUAUGGACGGCACUCUGCCGGCCAACCUCGAGGAGGAGAACGAGAAGAUGGUGGAGAAGAUGCGAAAGCAGAAGGCACUGCGCUUCCGUGUAUCGCAAGACGGAGACUUGACGGUGCGCACACGUCAGGCACUGCUGGCCGCGACGCCGGCCGCACAGGCGGCGUUGCUCGAGGCAGCGAAGGAGGCCAAGGCGAAGAAGACGGCCGACCCCGAGGAGGCGGAGGCAAAGGGCAAGAAGCGCACGCGUAAGACGGACGCUGCUGCUGCAACGACGGAGGAAGAGGAGGACGAAAACGUACAGCAGCCCGUCAAGGCGUCGAAGAAGGAGGCGAGGACAGCGGCGGCUGUGGCUGUUCCUCCGAAGGAGGCGAAGCCAGACGUUUUCAAAGCUGAACACGCAAAGGCGUUGGAGGCCGCCAAGGCAGCUGCCGCGAAGGUCCACAUCUCCGUGCGUGAGAAGAUAAAGCUGGCCAAGACGGUGUACGCCUCACGGCAAGAGCGUCUGCAGACUCGCUCGCAGCGGAAGGAGCGCAAGGACGAGCAGCGGCAGCAGUCCUUCCAGCGUGUGCUGGAGGAACAGAAGCGUCAGCUGCUGACACGUGCGGCCCUGCAGCAGCCUCCGGCCCCACGUGCGGCCUCCAAGUCCGACGGCCCAUCCAAGUCGGUGCGCUUUGCCGAUGAGUAA